AUGAUGUCCGAGUCGACGGUCCCGACGCUCGAGCCGAUCGAGGCUGUCGCGCCCGUCGCGCCCGCGAUGCCCGCGAUUCCCACGCCACCCACGCCGAUCGCGAUGGUCGAGGCUGUCGUCGAGGCGCCGGCGCCGCCAGUCGCGCCGACGCCGCCGACGCCCGUCGCGGAAGUUUUCGAGACGGUCGAAGAACAGCGCGUCCACGAGACGCCGCAAGUCAUCAACCCGGACACGUACGUCGAAGAAGACACGUACCCUGACUUCCUCUUGGAGUACCUCGAGAUGGCGAGGGCGCCGCAGAAAGAGUACGUCGAGGAGGAGGAGUACCAGUACGACGACGAGCUUCUCGCGCUCGAGGCGGCGGCGACGACGGCGCUCGAGACGGAAGCCGCCGCUGCCGCGGACGCCGCGGCCGACGCGGACGCCGCGGCCGACGCGGACGCCGCGGCCGACGCGGACGCCUCGCUCGCGCCGGAGGCGACGGACGAGGACGACGACGCCACAAAGAGGUCCGCGGCGUGGGUGCGCUACCUCGAGAAACUGUUCAUCCCCGUCGCGUGGAUGCGAAGGGUCGUCGCCCCGGAGGCGAUCAGCGAGAUCGAGGCGUUCGUCGCCUCGGAGGAGAUGACGCGCGAGGAAGACGUCGCGACCGUCGAGGAUUCGGGUCACGUCGAUUUCGACGUCCGGACCAUCGUGGGCAAGGUGUCCUACGGCGCGACGAUCGCCUCUGCGCUCGCCGGCGGCGUCGACGUCGAGGAAGACGUUGCCGCGGUCGACUGCGACGUCGACGUCGCCUCCGUCGUCGCGAAAGUUUCCGACGGCGCCGCCAUCGCCGCGGCGCUCGCCGUCGAGGAGGACGCCGUCGAGAUCGAGGAAUCCGUCGACGCGGAGGACGACGUCGAGUCCGACGUCGUCGACGCGCUUCGCGCGGAACUCGCGACGCGCGACGAGAAGAUCGCGCUGUCCGAAGAGUACGCGGAGACCCUGGCGUUCGAGAUGGAGACGGCGACGACGCGCGCUCAGACUCUGGAGCGCGACGCGUUUUCGCACACCGCGGAACUCAAAAACGCGGCGAUUCAAAUUAUGGCGCUGAAGAAGGCGGCGACCGUCGCGGAGGACGCGAACCUCCGCACGCUGGAGGAGCUUCACGCGACGCGCGCGGAGCUCGAGGACGCGCGCGCCGCCGCGAGGGCGCUCGGGGAUGAGCUCGCGACGCUUCGCGCGGCGUCCGACGCCGACGCGGUGGACGCGGAGGAGAUUGCCGAGUUGCGCGCCGCGCGCGACGCGAGCUCCGCCGCCGCGGAGAAGGCGGCGGGGUUGAUGACGGAAGCCGCGUCGAAGCUCCGCGUGACGAACGCGAAGGCGGAGGAACUCGUGCGCGAGAUCAGAGCGAAGGAUAUGCAACUCGAGAAGACGCGCGGGAAGUUGAAAGCCGCGCGCGAGGUCGCCGGCGCCAACGCCGAGCUCGCGUCCGAGGCUGCCGAGAAGCUGCGGAGAGCCGACGCGGAGAUCGAAGCUCUGAAGCUCGCCGCCGCGGCCGCGUCGCUGGGCGCCGCGAUCGGGGUCAUGAAGAGCAUGUCCGCGGAAGGGGUGUUCGUCCUGUGA